GAAAAUCCUUCUUUUUUUAAAUAUUAAUAACCUAAACCUUGCUAAUAAAUAAAAUAAAUUAACUUAAAAUGACUUAUAUGUAUAAUAGUCUAAACAUGUCUGACGCAGCGCUCUUCAUAGGUACACCUCAAGAAAAGUUCUUUUAUCAUAAUACACUUUUAUGUGUUGUUAAUUCUUUGCAAGGAAAAAAUGUGACUGUGGAUUUAAGAAAUGACACAUAUGUCUGUGGAUUGAUUGAAUUAGUAGAUGGUUUUAUGAACAUUUCAUUUAAAAAUGCGAUUUAUUGUGAUCCACAAGGAAAUGAAUUCGCUUUUGACAACCUGUUUAUUCAUGGUCGUAAUAUCAGAUAUGUGCAUAUUCCAGAAAAUGACUAAUGCCGCAGAGACGCGUCAAUUGCAGAAUGGCCGUGUCGGCGCGCGGCUUAGAUCACAAAGCGCAUCCGCACCCUUUGUCAGCGAGCGCCGCCGGCACACCUGCAACGGUCGACGGCAGGCGGCUUGGAUCACAGAGGGCGUCGGCACCCUUUGAUGGCUCGGGUCACCGGAAUAUUUGCAACGAUCAACGGCAGGCGGCUUGAAUCACAGAGCGCACCGGCACCCUUUGACGGCUCCGGUCACCGGUACACUUGCAACGUUCGUGGCGGUCGGCUUGGAACACACACCGCAGCGGCACCCUUUUAUGGUGCGGGUCGCCGGCACACUUCAACGUUCGCGGCGGGCGGCUUGGAUCACAUACCGCAGCGGCACCCUUUGAUGGCGCGAGUUGCCGGCACACUGGCUGACUAUAAAAAGAGCUGCUGUACAAUCCUUAGCUCAGAAGCGAGCGAGUCACCGUAUCAGACAGAACGCUCCUGCGUAAUAUACGCUCUGAGUUAACA